CCAUACAGAGAGAGAGAGAGAGAGAGAGAGAGAGAGAGGGAGUUGGAAAAACCCCAGGAAGGAAGAAAGAGAAAGAGCAAGAGCAAAGGCCAGGGGGAGGAGUAAGGAAACGGAAAAAAAGAGGAGGAAGAAGAAGAAGAAGAAGCAAAAUGUCUGUGGUGACAGAGGAGAUAAAGGCAAAAGCAGAGUACUACCAGGGAGAUGAGAUCUGCCAAGAAAAAUCAAAGCUCUUGCUGAAAGAAAUGAGCUUGCCCAACGGGCUGCUGCCAUUAAAGGACAUUUUGGAAUGUGGGUACGUGAAGGAGACAGGUUUUGUUUGGCUGAAGCAGAAAAACAGCACAACCCACAAGUUUGAAAAAAUUGGGAAGCUGGUUUCUUACGCAACGGAGGUGACAGCGGUGGUCUCGCCGGGAAAGAUCAAGAAGCUCACCGGGGUGAAGACGAAGGAGCUUCUCGUGUGGGUUUCUCUGAGUGAUAUCUACACCGAUGAUCCACCGACCGGUAAGAUCACUUUCAGGACUCCCGCUGGUCUGUUCAGGUCCUUCCCUGUCUCUGCUUUUGAGGUCGAAGAGGAGAAACCCAAGGAUGCCAAGGCUGGAGUCGAGGACGUUAAUGGAGGAGCCGUGCAAGUCAAGGAGGUUUGAUUUAUUAACCACUUGCUCUUGCAUGUGGAUGGAUUGAAAGAAAAAGGAAGAGUUCGUCUGUUUUUAUCUACUGUUUUUUUUUUUUUUUUUCCUUCUUUUUCUGUUUUUUCUUUUUGAUGUACCGUACUCUCUGCUCAAGUGUUACUCGUAACAAAAUUAAAUAAGAAUUCCAGUAGUUCUCUUCUUCCUUUUAA